AUGGAUAGAAUUGUUUUUGGAAAUUUAAUUAAUAAUAUGACUUUUUAUGGAACUUCAACAAUACCUGGUGAAUUAAGAGAACGAUUACAUCUUCAACAAACGGUACUUCAAAAUUUAGCUUUUUGGCAAAAUUAUAAUCAAUAUACAUCAGCAAUAAUGGCUGCACAAAAUUAUUUACCACCUAAUUCAUUAUCUCUAUUGACGACAACACCAACUACACCACAAAUUUUAAUAUCCUCAAAUUCAUUAUCUAUUAAUAAAAAUAAAGCAAGAAGUGAUAGUAUAUCAAAAAAUGAUUUAGAGGAGACACCUAAAAUUUGUAAAAAUAAAGAGUUAAUAAAAUGUAAUAAUUGUGAUAAAUAUUUUAAAACUAAAAAAGAACAUCGUCAACAUAUUAUUCUUCAUCAUGAAAGAAAGUAUGAAUGUGAAAGGUGUACAAAAACAUUUUUAACACAAGGACUUUUAGAUAUUCAUAUCAUUAAAAAACAUUCCCCAGAUGAUUGUAAAAAGAUAAAAAAUUUAAAUGAAAAAAUUUUUAAACAGUUUCAAUGUAAAAUAUGUGAUAGGAGUUAUGAAACUUACUAUAAUUAUAAAGAACAUCUUGCAAAACAUGAAGGUAAAACAUUUCAAUGUAGUGUUUGUAAUAAAUUAUUAUCAGGACAAAGUGCACUUAGUCGACAUACAAAAAUACAUAGUAAACCACAUGAAUGUAUAAUAUGUAAAGAUCGUUUUUCCUCAGCUUAUGAUUUGGAUUGUCAUUUUAGUUAUUAUCAUUCAUCAAUUAAACGAUUUCGAUGCCAAUUUUGUAAUAGAGCAUUGUACAAUUAUUCCGGUAAACUUAGACAUGAAAGAUUGUGUCUUGUUAAUAAUAAUUGUGAUAAAACUUUAAAAGAAAUUGAAGAAAAAGAGAAUAACGAUUAA